GAGCGCCAUAACCCCAUAAUAUGUGCGCUCACUAUGUCAUAUAGAGCCCAGGCAUUUCCUGUGGCCGUGCCUUCACUUUCCAAACCACUACUGUACCAGCCCGGACCUGGGACUGUGGAUCGGAAAGGGACCCUGUGAGGCUGCAGACCUGCAUCAGACCCCGGUGUAAGGCAUGAGCCGGUGCCCGUGAGGAUUAUCUGUUUUUUAAUUUCUCCAAGAUUGGCUCAAAGCUGGUGUGGAGCAGCUGGGUGGUGGCAUGGCCUUGUCCUUUUGUGGCAGUGACAACCACAUAAAAGCCUACAGUGUGAAUGAUGGCGUGCUCAACAAUGGUUGUUUCGUGGAUGCUCUCAACCUGGUUCCCCAUGUCUUCCUGCUCUUCAUCACCUUCCCCAUUCUCUUCAUUGGUUGGGGCAGUCAGAGUUCAAAGGUCCAGAUUCAUCAUAACACAUGGCUUCAUUUUCCUGGACACAACUUGAGGUGGAUCCUCACCUUCUGUCUGCUCUUUGUUCAUGUCUGUGAGUUUGCAGAGGGCAUCGUCUCCAACAAUAUGAUGAAAACAAACCACCUCCAUCUCUUCAUGCCAGCUUUCAUGGGGUUUGUAGCGGCCACAACCUCAGUGGUUUAUUACCACAACAUAGAGACAUCUAACUUCCCUAAACUGUUGCUCGUUCUGUUCAUCUACUGGGUGUUGGCCUUCAUCACAAAGUCCAUCAAGCUGUGGAAGUUUGCAGAGUUCACCGUUGGAAUACGGCAACUCAGGUUCUGCAUCACUGCGCUGUUAGUGAUCCUGUAUGGGCUGCUGAUGGCUGUUGAAAUCAAUGUCAUAAGAGUCAGGAAAUAUGUAUUCUUUGCCAACCCCCAGAAGGUGAAGCCACCAGAGGAUUUACAGGAUUUAGGGGUUCGCUUCCUGCAGCCGUUUGUCAACCUGCUGUCAAAGGCGACAUACUGGUGGAUGAAUCCUCUCAUUAUGGGAGCUCAUAAGAGGCCCAUAGAGCUGAAGAAGAUUGGCAAACUGCCCAUCGCUAUGAGAGCACUCACCAACUACCUACGACUCAAAGAUGCAUACGAGGACCAGAGGACGGCCGAGAACCCAGAUCAAGCACCGUCAAUCUGGCGCUCCAUGUACCGAGCAUUUGGCCGUCCCAUCCUGCUUAGCAGCACCUUUCGCUACCUGGCGGAUCUGCUGGGCUUUGCUGGGCCACUCUGCAUCUCUGGCAUUGUAAAGUCCCUAGGAUCUGAGAAUAGAACUUCUGUUUCUGAAGAAACAUAUUUUGGUGUACACUUCAUGUCAUCCACUGAGCUGCUGCAGAACUCUUCAGUCCUGGCUGUGCUUCUCUUCCUGGCUUUAGUCCUACAGAGGACUUUCCUGCAGGCAUCUUACUAUGUCACCAUAGAAACAGGCAUCAAUCUGCGAGGAGCCCUUUUGGCGAUGAUUUACAACAAAAUCCUCCGUUUGUCAACCUCCAACAUGUCCAUGGGAGAGAUGACGCUGGGACAAAUCAACAACCUGGUUGCUAUAGAGACCAAUCAGCUGAUGUGGUUUCUCUUCCUCUGCCCCAACCUUUGGGCCAUGCCUGUGCAGGUUGUAAUGGGAGUGAUCCUGCUCUACUAUUUACUGGGUUCGAGUGCCUUGGUUGGAGCAUCUGUCAUAGUUCUGCUGGCUCCAGUGCAAUACCUUAUAGCCACUAAGCUAGCAGACACACAGAAAAUCACACUUGAACACUCUACAGAUCGUCUGAAAAAGACCACAGAAAUCUUAAAGGGCAUAAAGUUACUGAAGCUCUAUGCUUGGGAAAACAUCUUCUGUGACAGUGUGGAGGAAACCCGAGGCAAAGAACUCACCAGCCUGAAAACCUUUGCUUUUUACACAUCUUUGUCCAUUUUCAUGAAUGCUGCUAUUCCUAUUGCUGCUGUACUUGCGACAUUUGUUAUGCAUCACUUUGUCAAUGAGACCGGUCCAAGUUCCUCUGAAGCCUUUGCAGCUUUGGCAUUGUUUCACAUCCUGGUUACCCCUCUUUUCCUGCUGUCCACGGUUGUCAGAUUUGCUGUCAAAGCUCUGGUCAGUGUCCAGAAGCUGGGUGAGUUUCUCCAGAGUGAUGAAAUUGGAGACGACAGCUGGAGAAAUGGAGACAUGUCUAUGUGCUUUGAAGCUGUGAAAAAACACAUGGGGGCAACCAAAGCCAUCAACAGGAAGCAGCCAAUGCGUUACCAGAUGGACAACUAUGAGCAGCCGACCAGGCGACAGAUGAGACCCACAGAGACAGAGGAUGUGGCUGUAAAGGUGACCAAUGGAUGCUUCACAUGGGGAAGCAACCUGUCGACUCUGUCGGAUAUCAACAUCCGCAUCCCUACAGGUCAGCUGACAAUGAUUGUGGGCCAGGUGGGUUGUGGGAAAUCUUCCCUGUUGCUGGCUAUGCUGGGAGAGAUGCAGGCCAUGGAUGGAAAAGUCUUCUGGAGCAAGCUGCCUGAUUGUGAGGUGGUCCACGAUGGGAACAUCAGUUGGUCAGAGACAGAGGAGUCUGAUGAAGACAUCAGGAGCAAGAACAGAUAUUCUGUGGCCUAUGCUGCUCAAAAGUCGUGGCUGCUCAAUGCAACAGUGGAAGAAAACAUCACCUUUGGAAGCCCUUUCAACAAACAGAGAUACAAGGCAGUGAUUGAUGCCUGUUCUCUGCAGCCAGAUAUCGAUCUGUUGCCUUUUGGAGAUCAAACUGAGAUUGGAGAAAGGGGAAUCAACCUAAGUGGAGGCCAAAGGCAGAGGAUCUGUGUGGCCAGAGCUCUCUACCAGAAUACCAACAUUGUCUUUUUGGAUGAUCCAUUCUCUGCACUUGACAUCCAUCUCAGUGAUCACCUAAUGCAGGAGGGAAUCCUCAAGUUUCUGCAGGAUGAUAAACGGACUGUAGUGCUGGUCACCCACAAACUGCAGUACCUAAUACAUGCAGACUGGAUCAUAGCUAUGAAGGAUGGGUCUGUGCUGAGGGAGGGGACUCUUAAGGACAUUCAGAUUCAUGACAUUGAGCUUUAUGAUCACUGGAAAACCCUGAUGAACAGACAGGACCAUGAGCUGGAAAAGGACAUUCAGCAGGACAGUCAGACAACACUAGAGAGAAAGACACUGAGGAGGGCUUUCUAUUCCAGAGAGGCCAAGAAUCAAAUAGACGAUGAAGAUGAAGAGGAAGAAGAGGAGGAGGAAGAGGAUGACAACUUGUCCACAACCACAAUCAGACGUUCAAAAAUCCCCUGGAAGGUGUGCUGGUGUUACCUCUCCUCUGGUGGAUUCUUCAUGGUUUUCUUGAUGGUCUCCUCUAAACUCCUCAAACAUUCUGUCAUUGUUGCUAUUGACUACUGGUUGGCUGUCUGGACCUCUUCUAAAACAAAUCAGAGUGAUGAGACAGUAAUGAACUCUUCCAGUGAAACUGCAAACAUGACACAACCAACUUCUGGUACUUUAACUGCGGAGAAUGACUACUAUCUGCCUGUUUUUAUCAUAUUGUGUGCGGCUGGAAUCACUUUAUGCCUCAUCACCUCUCUGACUGUGGAGUUUCUGGGCCUUUCAGCAGCCACUAACCUGCACCACAACCUGCUCAACAAGAUCAUCCAUGCUCCCAUUAGGUUCUUUGAUAUUACUCCCCUGGGACAAAUCCUCAACAGAUUCUCAGCUGAUACUAACAUCAUUGACCAGCAUAUUCCUCCAACACUGGAGUCUUUGACAAGAGCUACGUUGCUUUGUUUGUCAGCCAUUGGAGUCAUAUCUUCCAUCACUCCACUCUUUCUCAUUGCCUUGCUUCCUCUGGCAGUGGCUUUUUACUUUAUACAGAAAUACUUCAGAGUCGCCUCCAAAGACCUCCAGGACCUUGAUGACUCCACCCAGCUCCCUCUGCUCUGCCACUUCUCUGAAACUGCUGAAGGUCUCACCACCAUCAGAGCAUUCAGACAUGAGGCUCGCUUCAAACAACGCAUGCUGGAGCUGACAGACACAAAUAACACAGCCUAUCUGUUCCUGUCAGCUGCUAAUCGUUGGCUUGAAGUCAGAACGGACUACCUUGGAGCAGUGAUUGUUCUGACAGCAGCAGGAGCCUCCAUAUGGAGUUCACUGACCUCUAGUGGUCUGGUGGGCCUUGGCCUCACCUAUGCUCUCACAGUGACCAAUUACCUGAACUGGGUUGUGAGGAAUCUGGCAGACCUAGAGGUCCAGAUGGCAGCUGUGAAGAAGGUCAACAGCUUCCUAAGCACAGAGUCAGAGAAUUACGAAGGAUCUAUGGACACUUCUCAGGUACCGGAGAGUUGGCCCCAUGAUGGAGAAAUAAAGAUCCAGGACCUCUGUGUGCGCUAUGAUGCCAUGCUCAAACCCGUGCUUAAACACGUGAAUGCGUACAUUGAACCUGGCCAGAAGGUGGGAAUCUGUGGUCGCACAGGCAGCGGGAAGUCUUCACUGUCGUUGGCCUUUUUCAACAUGGUGGACAUUUUUGAAGGGAAGAUCAUCAUAGACGGCAUCGACAUCUGUAAGCUGCCUCUGCAGACUCUCAGGUCACGACUCUCCAUCAUCCUCCAGGAUCCUGUGUUAUUUAGUGGCUCAAUCAGGUUUAAUCUGGAUCCAGAAAAGACGUGCACUGACGAUCGACUGUGGGAGGCUUUGGAGAUUGCUCAGCUAAAGAACAUGGUGAAGGCUCUGCCUGGAGGACUGGAUGCUGUUGUGACAGAGGGAGGAGAGAACUUCAGUGUUGGUCAGAGGCAGCUGUUCUGUUUGGCCCGAGCGUUUGUCAGAAAGAGCAGCAUCCUCAUCAUGGAUGAAGCCACCGCAUCUAUAGACAUGGCCACGGAGAAUAUCUUACAGAAAGUUGUGAUGACUGCAUUUGCAGAUAGAACAGUCGUCACCAUCGCACAUCGUGUUCACACCAUCCUCACAGCCGACCUGGUCAUCGUGAUGAAGCGAGGAAACAUUUUGGAAUACGACAAACCUGAGACUCUAUUGGAGCAGGAGGACGGGAUGUUUGCUUCAUUUGUCCGAGCCGACAUGUAGACACAGCUUCUGACAAAUCCAUCAGUUCUUUUUUUUACUCAGUUGCUUUCUUGUUGAAGAAAACUGGCCUCUGUGCCGGCAAAAACACUCAUAUGAAGCCAAUAAUACACUUUUUCUUAAACAAGAAGAGAAGAAGAAAAGGAAAUAUCUAUCAUCAUGUAUUUUAUAUCAUGUUACGACUGAAGUUCAUAAACGACACCACUGCCUUUUUUGCAAAUGAUAAAUGAAACUGUCUACAGCUGCAACUACAGAUUAUUUUCAUUAUCAGUCCAUUUGUUGAGUUUUGAUCAAUAAUCGAUUUAAUGAUCCAUUCUAUAAACAUGCCAUAAAAUAGAAUAUAAUGCCUUUUAUAGUUACAUUUGAAUGGCCUUUUUAUUCAACAAGCAAAACAACCCAAAGAUACCUUUUUUUUUUUUAUCAGAUAUGAUGAAGACAAAUGUCAAAUUCUGACAUAUAAGAAGUGGCCGAUCAAUGAGUAAUAGUUACAGUUCUACAGUAAAUUAAUUCCUCAUCCUGACAGUACAUCAGCCAAUGUAUCACUUAAAACUGGUAACAGAUCAUUUGGGCAUUUUCUGCUCAGGUUAAUACAACAGUGAGACCACACUGGGCUGUGGACAGAUAAAACAACUUUUUACUGAAAAACUUUGUUGAUUAUAGGAAUAAUAGAAGAUGAGAGUUUUAAAAUGAUAACUCUUUUUACAUGUAUGAAUAGUUGUUGAUUGAUUACAUUUUUAGCGCUGCUUAUAUUGAUGUGAAAGCACAAAUCUCAGUUAUAAAAAACAUAUGAAUAUCUAACACCAAAAUGAUCUGCGUGGCUUGAGACGAGACCUAAAUGUUGAAGUUUGGUUUCGAGGUAAAUAACUGCUCUCUGACUUAACCUAAUUUUGCCCAAAGUCUAUUUGUAGCCCUUGUAGUUUUCUAGUGAUCGGAAACCGAGUCACGAAUAAGCAUAUCAGCUGAAAUCACAGGUCAGCUAAAAGCGUACAGCUUGAAAUAUUUUGAGUUUUUUUUUUUUUUAUUGACAGCAAAUCCUAUAAAGAACCUAAACCAACAUUGAACUGUGUGCGUCCUCUGAGCUCCAUUGUUGUCCAGGAACAAUUACAAAACAUAUCAUUUAUCAACUGGACUGUACAGGGUGACAUGUCCCUUCAUCAGCGUGAACACAAUCAAUGCGGUUUAUUUACAUUUUUAUCCCAAAUACAGCAUCCGGGUCCAAAAAUGGCACCGGUAUAGAAUAAUCCACCGCUGAAAAUAGUCCCUUUGCUCAUGUUUGACUUACUCAUGUGUCUUUUGAGCAGUUGUUGACAGUGGGUUUGGUCUUUUCAUGGGGUUUGUUGACAGUAAUAAUGCCAGCCCUCUCCAGUUAAAUGAACCUAGAAAGAACAAUUUGAUUGUCGAUUUUUUUAUUUCAGUGAAAACACAAUUUCAAAGAGUGUGUCCAGCUUUUUGAUACUCGUAUCUGAUGACUUAACCUGUUAAUGGAGUAGUUUAUUUGACUAUUGAGUAUUUGUAGACGCUGUUUUAUUUUAUACUAAUAGAUUACAAAAGUCUUUAACUAUGUUGUGUAAAACCGCUGUUAUGAGAUUAAGCACCACACCCAUUUUAUCACUUUUUUAGCACUUACAUUAAGCAAUAAUUAAAGAGAGGAGUUGUA